AUAAAAAGAAGCUGGAAAAAGAAGUUGAGGGGGGGGAAAUCAAGAAAAGGAGAAUUAGGAAAAUGGACUGUCCUUCAAGCGUCAGUUAGAAACCACGUCAGUUACAGACGUGGCAGAUGGGCUGGAGAUGGACCCACAGGUCUCAUUUAUACGUCACGCUUCCGAAAAAAUACUUCUGCAAAGGACACGCUGAUGUUUCCUUGCUCAAAGGAAAGUUUGGGAGUCCCUACCCUCUACUUCUGGCUCCUAGAAGGAACAUUUAAGAGGUUGGAAUAAAGAUGGCAGAGCUCCAUCGAUUUCUGGGUGAGGUGCAAGGAAAGGGGGGAAAAAGAGGAGAAAAAUAAGAUUGGAAUGAGCCCAUUGUUUCUGAGAGAGAACCUAAGACCUAUUCCUCAUCACAUUUAAAUGAGUCACAGUUCCACAGGAUACAUUGAAAUGUGAUUAAUGCUUUUCAGCCUGGUGGAAAGAGUCCACACACUAAUGCAAUCUCAUAAAUCAUGAAAUAAAUAUGAACCUUGCACAAAUAAAAUGAUAAUUCACAAAUAUAUGUUGCAUCUUUCAAAUAGAAUAAUUGGUUAAGAUCAUAGGUUAGGGGUCAUUGGUUAUGUUCUUCUCACAAACCAAUGAUUACAUUAAUGUAUUCGGCAGAGAUUUGUUUCUGCAAGAAAAUAUUUGUGAACCAAUUGUUUUGUAAGAUACAAAAUAAUAAUUUGUGAAUCUCAUUUGUGUAUAUACAAUAACCCAAUAUGGGUAUCACUGCCGCCUCACAGCAAGGAGGUCCUGGGUUCAAAUCCCCGUCGGUCGGGGCCUCUCUGUGUGGAAUUUGCAUGUUCUCCCCGUGUUUACGUGGGUUAACUCCGGGUACUCCAGUUUCUUCCCACAGUCCACAGACAUGCAGGUUAGGCUGAUUGGAGAGUCUAAAUUGCCCAUAGGUAUGAGUGUGUGAGUGAAUGGUGUGUGUGCCCUGCGAUGGACUGGCGACCUGUCCAGGGUGUGUUCCUGCCUUUCGCCCAAUGUAUGCUGGGAUAGGCUCCAGCCCCCCUGCGACCCUGUUCAGGAUAAGCAGGUUAAGAUAAUGGAUGGAUCGAUGGAUGAUCCUUAAGGCCAAGGCUGAAUAGUAUCAGACAGGAAGUUCCUCUCAGGAAGUGCUGCCUUGCAUGACUUCUGAAAACUGCAUUCUGACCACAAUGUCACACUUCUUCGUUCAUGUCAAGGACAGGGUGUGAUUCAUCUACUGUCCACUAGAGGGCAAGCAUGAUGAGCAAACACCUACCGCAUCAAAGUCACCUGUAGCCGAGGGGGGUGAGGAGAAGGAGGAGACUCACAGCCCUAUAUUAAAAGCAGGGGACAAACUGAUGCUCUGGCUUUCCAUCACAGCAGAACCCCAUGGGCUGCUGCCCCACCACACUCCCAUUGGUUGGGAUUCUGAGGCUGCUGUAGGCUCAGUUCUGUAGAACUGGACUUGCUUCAAUUGGCUGGGAUCCUCAGGAGGCUGGUUGCCAUGGGGGACGGAGGGUACGCGGGACCACCGAACGGCACCGUCGGUCCACCGUGCGCCCAGGACGCGGCGUGUAACGGCUCGAUGCCUGCGGCCCAGAGUCCGCCCCUCCUGGUGGACGCCUGGCUGGUUCCGCUGUUCUUCGCCCUCAUCAUGCUGCUCGGCCUUGUGGGAAACUCUCUGGUCAUCUACGUGGUCACCAAGCACCGGCAGAUGAAGACGGUCACCAACUUCUACAUCGCAAAUCUGGCAACCACUGACAUCCUGUUCCUAGUGUGUUGUGUUCCCUUCACUGCGACCCUCUACCCACUGCCCAGCUGGGUGUUUGGGGACUUUAUGUGCCGACUGGUCAACUACCUUCAACAGGUGACGGUGCAGGCGACCUGCAUCACGUUGUCGGCUAUGAGUAUCGACCGCUGCUAUGUGACAGUUUAUCCCUUUCAGUCUCUACGCCAUCGAACACCGCGCAUGGCCAUGACUGUCAGCAUCGGCAUCUGGAUAGGGUCAUUGGGACUCUCUGUGCCAGUGGCUGUGUACCAGCGGCUGGAGUCGGGCUACUGGUACGGCCCUCAGGUGUACUGCACAGAGUCCUUCCCCUCCCCCCAACACCAGAAGGCCUUCAUCCUCUACACCUUCCUGGCUGUGUACCUUCUCCCGCUGCUCACCAUCUGCCUGUGCCACGCCUUCAUGAUUAAGCGCAUGGGCCAGCCUGCCGUGGAGCCCACAGACCACAGCUAUCAGGUUCAGGUGCUGGCGGAGAGAACGGAGGCGGUGCGGACCCGGAUCUCCCGCAUGGUGGUGGUGAUGGUGCUGCUCUUCACCGUCUGCUGGGGCCCCAUCCAGCUCUUUAUCCUGUACCAGGCCCUCCACCCGGCCGUGCGCCGGAGCUACGCCCUGUACAAGCUGAAGAUCUGGGCCCACUGCAUGUCCUACUCCAGCUCCUCGGUCAACCCCAUCAUCUACGCCUUCAUGGGGGCCAACUUCAGAAAGUCCUUCAAAAACGCCUUUCCUUUCAUCUUCAAACGCAAGGCCAGGAGAACAGGGGGCGCCUCAGCCAACACAGAAAUGCACUAUCUUUCAUCUGGAACAUGAAGGAACACAAAGGCCACACUGCAUGGCACACACACACACACACA